GAUAGAGGAGGGAGGUGGAUGAGUGCGGGAGGCUGCGCGGAUUCACCAGCAAUUCGUUAAGCAGAAAUUGUUUCUUCUAAGAAUUCAGCUGCUCCUGUCUCGACCUCUCACCAACAACAGGAGACAUGCUGAGGUGAGAAAAGCCCGCCGUGUCGCGCAGCUGCCCCGGCAGCCCCAGCACCAUGGAGCGGAUCGGAGUGUCCUUCCUGGACCCUUUGGACGACUACGAGUUGAUCCACAGGAUUGGAUGCGGUACCUACGGUGAUGUCUUCAAGGCUCGGAACAUUAGGACCUCUGAACUGGCCGCGAUCAAGAUUGUCAAACUGGACCCUGGCGAUGACAUCACGUCCAUCCAACAGGAGAUUACCAUGAUGAAGGAGUGCAAACACAAAAACAUCGUGGCCUACUUUGGCAGCUAUCACAGGAGCAGAAAGCUGUGGAUCUGCAUGGAGUACUGCGGUGGAGGGUCGCUGCAAGACAUGUAUCACGUGACGGGGCCAUUAAAAGAGAAACAGAUCGCAUAUGUGUGCAGAGAAACUCUGCAGGGUCUGUAUCAUCUACAUGAAACAGGCAAAAUGCACCGAGACAUAAAGGGAGCCAACAUCCUUCUGACGGACCGAGGAGAUGUGAAACUGGCUGAUUUUGGCGUCGCAGCUGAGAUCAGCGCUUCUGUCGCCAAACGCAAGUCGUUCAUCGGAACACCGUACUGGAUGGCUCCUGAAGUGGCAGCUGUGGAGAAAAAAGGUGGCUACAACCACCUGUGUGACAUCUGGGCCAUCGGCAUCACCGCCAUUGAGCUAGCUGAGCUGCAGCCGCCGAUGUUUGACCUCCACCCGAUGUCCGCACUGAUGUUGAUGUCCAAGAGCAACUUCCAACCUCCCAAAUUAAAAGAUAAAUUAAAGUGGUCUUCUGGUUUUCACAGCUUUGUUAAGAUGGCACUCAUUAAAAACCCAAGAAAAAGACCGUCAGCUGAGACUCUGCUGCAGCAUCCCUUUGUGACCCAGCUGCUGACCCGUAACCUGAUCAUCGAGCUGCUGGACAUGGCCAACAAUCCAGAGCUCCACACCAACCACUCACACAACAUGGAUGACAACGAACUGGAGAUUGAGGAAGUGGCUCCAGACAAGAUUCAGUCGGCAGGGAAACACCUGCCAGUGGAGAGAACUGUGUCAGAGGAACAAUUCGGACAGGUUAAGUUUGGGGCUCCCCUGAGGAAAGUCACAGAACCGUACCCUGAUCUGGGUUCUUACGACGAUGACUGGAGUCUCUCUGGGGAUGAAGCUGACUCACCGAGCCUGCUGGAGUGUGUGGAGCAAGCUCUGCAGCUGAGGAGCUUAACUAUGAAGAGAGCGCCAUCUACUGAUGGUGGAAGGAGAAGUGGUUUGUUCAGCCCGACUACAGCUUCCCUGCCAGCCUUCUGUUCUUUACCAGCAAACCCAGAGGAGAGCAAUCUGGCUCUGAGGUCCAGCUGCACGCUUGGUCCGGAUUCUGCAGUUGCAACCGCUGAGUCUGCCCCCGUCUCAGGCCUGGCCCGCUGCUCUGCCACUCAGGAUAUCCGACAGCGCUGCAGUGACCCAUGUCUCCUUGUGGGAGGCGUCGUGACAGAAGACAGAAGGAAGGUCACGACAGAUUCUCCCUCAAAAAGGGGGACGUCUCUGUCUCCUGAGUGGAGCACGCUCAGGAAAAAGCCAGAGGAAUCUAGAGCUGACAGUCAUGGACUUCCUCCAACCCCCCAGGUCCAUAUGGGGGCCUGCUUCUCCAAAGUCUUCAAUGGUUGCCCUCUUCAGAUCCACUGUGCUGUCGCCUGGAUAUAUCCCAAAACAAGAGACCAAUACCUCAUUCUUGGAGCGGAGGAGGGAAUCUACACUCUCAAUCUAAAUGAACUACAUGAAGACACACUAGAGAAGCUGCUGCCUCAGCGAUGUUUGUGGCUCUACGUUAUGAACAAUGUGCUGAUGUCCGUGUCAGGGAAAUCAUCUCAGCUCUACUCGCACAGUCUGGUGGCAUUGUUUGAGCAGAAGGGCCAUCUGCAGAAGAAACACAGCAGCCUGUCGCUCAGCACCAGUCGAAUCACUGAGCGCAUCAGUGCCAGGAAGUUUGCUGUCUCUGUAAAGAUUCCGGACACUAAAGGCUGCAGGAGAUGUAGUGUUGCCAGGAACCCGUACACCGACAGUACCUUCUUGUGUGCGGCGGUGCCAACUGGCCUGGUUCUGCUUUUAUGGUAUGAGCCUCUACAGAAGUUCAUGCAUCUGAAGCACAUACCAUUGAAGCUUCCGGAAUCUCUGCCCAUUUUUGAGCUGUUUGUUCUGGUGACGGAUGAGUUCCCCCAGUUGUGUGUCGGAGUGAGAGACUGUUGUGACGAGACCAGCCAACAACUGACGUUUGACAUCAUCGAGCUGAAUGGGAACGCCAUUUCAGAACCAGAAAAUGGCUCCAUGGAGGCCAUCCAAGUCACCCAGCUGGACAGAGACUCCGUUCUUAUUGCACUAGAAAAGACUGUCAAGAUAGUGAACCUGCAGGGGAUUCCGUCCAAAGAGCUGACCUCUGAAAUGGUGUUUGACUUCCCGAUUGAGACACUGGUUUGCUUGCAGGACAGUGUGCUGGCGUUCUGGAAACACGGUCUGAAGGGGAAGAGCUUUCAUUCCAAUGAGGUGACGCAGGAAAUCACAGAUAAGAGUCGAGCAUUUCGAGUUUUGGGAACAAACCGGGACAUUAUUCUGCAGAGCACACCCACCGAUGACCCGUCUGCACUAAGCAACGUCUACAUUCUGACCGGCCAUGAAAGCAGCUACUGACUGAACAUUUUCACCUGCAGCUUCAUCAGCCUUGUGUGGCUCAGCAACUCCACUGGAGGCCUCGUGGGCAAUUUCAAAAUGUGCAAAAAUGACAACUAACUAACACAGCUGACGCACAAUAAUGUUUCAAUUAAUUACAUCGUUAAUUAUCACCAUCAAGCAAAGCCUUUUCGUAUUACUUUAUCUGGACCUGUGUUUGUUGUACCACCAGCAGUUCAGCCUUUCUAUAGCUCUGUGUCUGAACAAGUUUCCUGUCUCCUGUCCCACAUUACCAGAUGUUUUUUUCUCUUUAUAAACACAAAAUUCACAUGAACAUAUAUUUUUGCACUCGUUUGUGUUUAAAAAAAAACCUCCUCAUGAAAAACAAUACAUAGUGAAAUUAGUUUAGUUUGGCAGGGAAGAUGUUGCAAAUGUUGCAUCAUCUGGUCAACUUGUGUAGGAAUUGGUGGGCCGAGCCUGUGGUACACAUCCAUGUCAUGCCAGACACAUUAGCAUCCAAGUUACACAAAGACAGACCCGUGUUAGUCCUUACAUGUGGUUUAUGCUAGAAAGGCUUAGUUAUACUUCAGAGCGUAAUACACAACUGUUAUCACAGCCGUAGAAGUAUUCAGUGAUCCUUAAUAAUUUCUUUGUUAAUGGACCUAUUACUGACCUAUAACUAAUGAUGUGGACCUGAGUGAGGUCAACAUUGUUGAAAAGUUUAAAUAACACUGCCAACAUUUUCCUUCAGAGUCCAUGUACCUGUAUAUGAUGCAGUAUCAAACUUGAUGAUAUUUCAGAGCACUUAAUUUAUACUAUGCAUUUCCAAAACAAAUGGUGAGUGAAUCUUCCUUGGUGUCUUAGAGAUUGAUGUGACAUCAGAAUUAUUCCUAAUGCUCAUGGAAUGUCGUAGUGAAACAUCUUUUUGAUAUUAAUGUGAUGUUAAACUGGACCUCUUAUGAUAUCAAGGACCUAAAAUCUGAUGAUAAAUAAGCAAUGUGAUAUACCAGAUGGGCAAAUAAACAGAAAAGUUUUGACAGCCUUGUUGUACAGUGCCAGUGUACAUUAGACAGUUGUUCUGUAAUAUAGUUAAGUUAUUUAUGGGAAGCGGAUAUGAGUUGUCGUCAUAUGUUUGUUGUAAAUAACAGUGGGUGAAUGAUUAUGAUGACACUUAUCCUUUGAAGCAGCCUUAGACGUGUAUAGAUUUUCUGACCAAGAUUUUGUAUCUGAAUGUAUGAGCACUCGCCAUCAGCGGGUAGUUUUACACCUCGGACCUUUGAAAAUGUAACCGUUUGUGAAACGUUUUAAGAAUUUGUGACUGAAAAGAAUAAAGAGUAUCAACAUGUUUUUGUGCUUUUGACAGAGCUGAC